AUGGAAAUUCGCGAUGUCGAGUUUAUGAAACCCACUCACCUCACUCAACCGGAGUUGAAUUAUGAAUUAAGAAUUCGGGGAGUUGUGGCGGCUAGACUGGAUGCCAGUGCUAAACGUAAAAUGUUAAGACGUAGAAUGGACGCGGAUCGGAAUCGUGAUGUACUGUACGUUGACCCUGAUUACGAUUUUCAAAACGAAAAAGAGAUUAUUACGGAAACUUUAGAAAUUUUAGAGGGCCUUAUCGCGGAAUUCGAGGGACCGCAAACCGACUCUUCUUUUCAAAGGAUACGAUCUCGUUUAAUUUACAUUUCCAAUCGCAUUUGUAGAUUGACAAUUCCCGUGGUUGAUGUCGAUGCGGAGGUCACUCACGCUAAACAAGAUUUCUAUGCUAAAUAUUUGGAGUUGGAGGCCAAUCUUUUUGAAAAAGCCGAAAACCAUCAACAACAAAAUGGACUUCUCAACCAAACUCUGAAUAAAACUGUUAUUCCUAACACACCCCCUAUCAUUACACCCGUAAAAACCGAAAUAGAAAUUAUCGCACAAAAACGAAGUAACUGGCUAGCCUGGGCAGGUUUAGGCCUAAUGUCCGUCCAAUUUGGAAUCCUGGCCCGACUAACCUGGUGGGAAUACUCGUGGGAUAUUAUGGAACCCGUAACUUAUUUUGUCACUUAUGGAACUGCCAUGGCUGCGUAUGCUUAUUUCGUACUCACAAAAGAGGAAUAUGUCUUGAAUGACGUCAGGAAUCGACAACACCUCAUAAUGAUGCACAAAAAAGCGAAAAAGACUGGCGUAGAUCUCACUAAGUACAACCAAUUGAAAGCGGAAAUUUACAAAAGAGAAAAUACUUUGAAAAAACUCAGGAAUCCUUUGAAAUUGCAUUUGCCCAAAAACGUAACUGUUUCAAAUAUUGCUAGCGACGGACAACCGGAUAAUAACACCAUUGAACCUGUUCCUGAAGUGAAAACCCCCUCCGAAGAAAAAGUUAUGGGAAAUGAGGCUAAGCCUACCCAAGAAAAAAUUAUUAAGGAAAGUGAUGUUAAACAAUGA